GCGAGACCCCAGCCCCAUGGCGCAGAAACCGCUCAGCACCGCGGCGGCCGAGCGCAUGAAUCUCGUGGCCCAGGACGAGAUCUGGAGGUACCGGCUGAAGGCUGAAACCGAGGCGCGGCAAAACUGGCCCCAGAACUGGGGGUUUUUAACAACCCCCUUCGAGGAGCUGAUCGAGGGGGAAGAAGAACCCCCCACCCCGAAGCCCAAGGUCAAGCUCCCUGAGCGCUUCCGCAUCCGGCCAGUGACUCCCGUGGAGAAAUACAUCAAGGUCCUUCCGUCUCCCCCAGUCCCGCAGACGACACAGGGCUUCAUCGGCUGGAGGUCAGGGGUGCCAGGCCUGAACAAGUGUUUGGAGCAUGACGACAAGAUCCGGAGCUGCAAAGGGGCUUACGCGCGUGAGCUGCACUGGCCCGAGCAGGGUGUGCACUGA